UGCGUGUUGAUAUAUACAAAUAUAUAAUAUACAUACAUAUAUAUAUAUAUAAUAUACUCUUCUUGUUUGCAUUUGCACUUAUAAAGGAUUGUCCCGUUGUUGGAAGAUAGAACAUCCACACAAUAAUCUUAUACCAAUAUGGCUGGGCGAGCAGAGAAAGAACAAGAACUUCUGGCAAAGUUCAACAUUAUGCGCCAAGAACAACAAUCAAUUGCAAAUAAAAUAUCUGAUUUAGAGAUACAACGCUCGGAACACGAACUGGUCGUCAAAACGCUGAAAACUGUGCCUGGUGAUCGCAAGUGCUAUCGAAUGGUGGGCGAAGUACUGACUGAGAGGACGGUCGUUGAGGUACUGCCGGCCGUGGAAACCAAUUGCGCCGGUAUUAAGAAGGUGAUGGACACCCUACAACAACAAAUAGUGGACAAGGGUAAAGAGAUCAACACGUUCAAGACCAAACACAACAUACAAACCAAAGAAGAAGCGAGCAGGUUAGAAAAGGCCCAACAGGCCAGUAGGCAAUCGAAAUAAACAUCUUGUGAAGUACAUGGGUUGAGAACCG